AUGCUGUUAUCUAGGUUUUUGCACAAGAUGGACGAGGAGGAGAUGAAGAAAUGGAAUAUCAGAGACCAGUUGUUGCUGGCUUCGUGUGUUCAGAAAUAUGGAGAAAAUAAUUGGCUUUCUGUCAGCAAGCAGAUGCGUGCAUUUGGUACCUUGAAGGAAAAUCCAGAGUUUUACUCUCAGAAGAAAUGUGCCAGGCUAUACUCAUCGCUGGUAGACAUGCUGAACACUCCUAGAAGAAAAAGAACCGAUGUCACCGGCAGUAUUGAGUCCCCUGCCACCCAGUUGGCGAACCGUCUAACCGCAAAGCGCAUCGAAGAACUGAAAGUGGCGAUGGAACAGAAUCGAAAUGUCUUAAGACAAGUUGGUCGAAUGUUUCGCACCCGACGAACAUCUGCCAAAAGGCUGGAAUGCAACUUUAAUGGGCAUGUUGCGACCGAUCUGGAUUCGAAGAGGAACAGUUACUUCUACGACGCGAUAUCCGGCGCCUUGUGA